AUGAGGAUCUAUGAUUAUAACGCACGUACGCUUGCAUCGGAAGUGGCCAUCGAAGAUCUGACGAUGCAAGCCAGGAAGUUUAAGUACGACGUCACUGAACUGACCGAGACGAGGCGACGCCAUCCUUUCAACGCCGUAUAUAAAACUGGAGAAGAACUGUUAGGAACACGCGACAAUAGAGGUGUAGGUGGAGUUGGCGUCUUCGUCAACACGAGUGUGGCAAAGACCAUCGACUCUUUCGAACAACUCACGACCCAUAUCGGACGUCUGCGGAUGAGAAGAUGUGGUUCAACGCCAGCUUUGACGAUCUUUGUCGCUUACGCUCCAACAUCAAGCUACGAAGAGGAAAAAGUCGAAGCUUUCUAUAUGGACCUGGAGAUGUUCUACAGAGAAGAUCAUACCUUCUACCAGGUCAUAAUUGGCGAUUUCAACGCCAAAAUCGGCCCCAGAAGAAUGCCAGAACAACUUACGGCCUACAAUGGGAUGAACAGGGGGAGAGGCUCUCCGAGUUCAUCGUGA